UUUAUUAAUUCGCAUACGUGAGUAUGCUUGCUCCUUUACUGAACAACCAAGCUCAAUGUCUCCUACUAACAUAAGCUUCGAAGAAUAUGAUUUCUCUCGUCCGGCGAGGUGUUCGUAAGGCUUGCCACGCCACCUCCUUAAUCGCGGUACCUAUUGCGGGUAGACUGUGAACUGCUAUCCCACGACGGCAGAUAUGGUACACGAUUUGGAAUAAGCCACACUAUAAAAUAUCCAAGAAACGGUGGAGGAUGAGGACGUAAUACACUGCGAUGCGUGUCAGCUUGACUUUGGAGAACCACGGCUCUGUCGCAAGGGACCACCUAGCCUCGGAGAGGACAUUCCUUGCAUAUGUGAGAACUUCUCUUGUCCUCGCCUCUACUGGCGUCGCUCUCGUCCAACUAUUCUCUAUCGCAAUCAAUACCGUAUCGUUUGCACCUACCAGCGCUAUCAUGCAGGGAUAUGCCAAACCCCUUGGAGCGACAACCGUUCUUUUGGCUUUGGGGGUAUUGGCUGUAGGGGUGUCGAGGUACUUCUCCGUUCAGGUAGCUCUGACGGAGGGUAAAUUUCCCGUCGCGCGCAUAGUAUCCGUCAUCAUUACUGGAUGCAUGGUGACGCUCAUUGCAUUACUAUUUGCUUUCGUGCUGGCUGCGAGGACAUGA